GAAAAAUCCGGUGAGACCUCUCCCGGUUCUCCUCACCGCAGCGGUGAGGUGAGCUACACUCUCUCCGUACCUGUGCUACGGCUAAUGACCUACAUCUGUUGCUGCUGAUGGAGCCUGUGGAUUUCGAGUACCCAACAGCGGGCGGAGUCGGCCGUGAGCUGCUCCGUCAGCUGGCGAGCAGCGGUGGGCAGGGCUCUGACGACGGCCACUCGUCCGACGACGGCCAUUCCUCGUCUGAUGACAGCCAUGGGGUUCACCAUGGGGCCGCUCAAGACGUGCCGUACAGCACACUUGGGGGCUACUUUCUCUUCAUCGCCAUGGUGCAGGUGGUGUCGGUGUUUUAUCUGUAUUACAAGUCGGCCUGCUUCAUCGGACACACCAAGAUAAACGACCUGAGGUUCGACAAGCGGUUCGACUUGAAGAAGCCGGGGGCCAAGUCGUUGCCGCCCACCAGAUACGUGUGCGUGAUUGUGUCCUUCAUCGCGGCAAUCGAAUACACGAUCAAGGCCGGCCAGGCCUACGACAAGGCCAAUGGCGUCGUAAGGAUAGACAGACGCACAGACAUGCAGAAAGGACAGAAUUUCUCUUUGUGUGUGUGUGUGUCAGUUCAUCUACUAUGACUUCACUCACAAUAUGUACUGGGGCUAUGUGGUGCGGACACACACACAGACAGACAGACGGGGGAUGAAGAAGAAAGUGGUGUCUCUUGGCGUGUCAGGUGGGAUGCCCUCUGAUCAUGGUAGGUAGGGUGACUGACCCACCUACGGACCAAUUCACGAAGGAGCAAACACACACAAAGUGCACAGCCGGCCGCCCACUCUCCUUCCUACCUGCCUGUCCGUCUUUCCAUCCAGUAUGACUUCACCGAGACACUAAAUAUGGAUGGCUUGAUCUUUUUCGCUUCUGGAACAUUCGGUGGACUCACAAUGUGAGCGUCCGAAGGGGAGAAAGAGGAUAGACACGAGGGUCGAAUUGAGUCGAGACUUUUGUCUGUCUGUCUGCUACAGGGCCAAUCUGUCGGAGUUCAUUUGGGGCACCGGGCACUGGGUGUGCUUCUUCUGGGGCGUCUGCAUGGUUGGUCUCUCAGUCUAUCUGUCACGGACUCGCCUACCUCCCGACUACCUAUGUGUUGUAUCCAGAUCGGCACCAUCUUCUAUCUGCUGAUGCAGAGGUGGGCCCAGCCAUGCACCAGUAUGUCAAUUUACUCAGCCGUGCCGGCUGGUGCUGGGGGGUGUCACAGAGUGUCACAGGUGGUGGGAGUGUGCAGCAAGUACGAGGUCAGCCGGUCAGCGGCGUGGAAUCUUCAGUUGGCGGCAUUCACCAUUUUUGCCUCGUGGCCAAUCUUCCCACUCUGCUGGUUCAUCCGCGAUGUAACUAAGAGCACUAUGCUCACGUUCCUGGGGCUCUUGUGUAUGGGUGUGUUGCUCUCUGUAUGCAGGAUCUAGACCCCAGUCACGGCUGGGUGGAUUUGUCUGUCAUUGAAGUCAUUUCCGGCGGUGAGUGUCUGUCUGCUCUGUCUGUCUGCACAGCCGGACAGACGUAUGUGUGUCUGUGUUGCUGCGUGCGCUGUGUCCAUAUGCAGUUAUGGAUAUCGUGUCGAAGCCCGUGUUCGCCCUCUUCCUUUGCUGGUACCGCGCUGAGCAGGGUGAGCGACAGAGGAGGAUGCCACCAAGCGGCCUUCUCUGCGUGUGUAUGUGUGUGGGUGUCUGUUUGCAGAGGAGCUUCACAAGAAGGAGGUGUUUCAGAUGUUGGAUUGGAUAGCGGGCGAUGAGGAGUUGGUCCUGGGCGACGAGAAGGUGGUGCCCGAUGAAGUCAUCAUGGAGACAGUCCCUUCAAUCAUUGUAGUACGUGCACUACCGACGAGAAGUCUUCAAGUCAUGUCCCUUACACACUAUGUCUCUCUCGCCUUCCUUCCUGCCCGUGCAGCAUUAUUCCCACCAUCCCCAUGGCCCCAUGCACGUCGAGAAGGCCAAGAAAUGUCAGCCAUCCAGCUGCUUGUGUGUCCUUGCUCUCAUUAUGGCACGUACCUUGUUGUGUGUCGCAGCCAUCCGUACCAAGACAAUGAAGUCCAAAGAACUCGACCAAGUGCUGGCCUCCUUCGGCAAGCACGCCCGGCCAGGUUUUGGCGUCUUCGACGACUUCACCAAGGCCGGCGGCCCCCUCAACCCAUACGCCUCCCCAUAUCCACAAUACUUCCCCCCACCACAUGGAGCGAACAUGCCUCCCAACGCCUUUUCAUCGAUGCAGCACGGGAGCCCCUAUUAUGGAGGCCCGGGACAGGGCCCACCCCCUCCCGUCACGCCGCCAACGAAUCCCCAGCAGCAGCAGCAUCAACAGCAGCAGCAAGUCGGUGGGGGCCGUGGUGGAGGGUCACCUCACCAGUCUUCAGGUCUGGACAACGAAGUGGAUGCGCUGCGCGCGGAGAUCGAGAGGCUGCAGGCCAAGGCAGCCGAGAAGUCGGGGCAGCGCAUGAGUGGCCACGGGGGCGACAACAACCCACCUGUCACCCCACCACCGUGAGACAACCAUACAGAGGCCACCCAGGACCCACAGAAGAGGGAACUGAUUCCAUGAUGUGUCUCGCUUGGUCUGUGUGUGUCUGCAGUGACGUGUCUUAUAGUCAUGGUAGCUACAGCGGGCCUUCCUCGGCACUGCCCGUCCAUUACGGGGCGGGCUACCCAUGGGGCGGCUACUAUCCCAAUCCGUACUCCAUGACACAGCAUCAGCUUCUGAUGUUACGUAUGUCGACAAAUGUGCCAUCGAUGUGCUGCGCCUGUCACUUGCUUAUGGACCGUCCAAAUGGGCGAGUAGUAUCCUGCCUGCACACAUGCAGGCAGACAUACCUGUUCUGCCUGUUUAGGCAUCAGUAGAUGCCAUAUGCCAUAUUGGCACAUUUAUUCGUUUCUCCUCCCUCGUAUGCACUGCACUUUGUAACAGAGAAGAGAGUGUCGUCUAUCACGAAUGUGUGUGCGAGGCCAGUUUGGCUCGCUCUGCUCGUGAUUACGGGUAGCGAGGGUGCUAGCUUCAUAUGUUGCGUAUCGAUUUGCUAGAAGUGCUUGUGGGGCUGUGCUUAUCUAUCGCGUAGAGUGUAGCGG